UUUUAUUGUGACUACUGUGAUACGUACCUUACACAUGACUCGGUAAGCCAGCAUUUCAUUUUGUCUCUGCACCCUGUAACAUAGCGAGCACUCCAUAAAUUGCACACUGUAUUAACAUUAAAUUGAAUAUGAUACAUUUUUACAGCCAUCGGUGAGAAAGACCCACUGCAGUGGAAGAAAGCAUAAAGAGAAUGUGAAAGACUACUACCAGAAAUGGAUGGAGGAGCAGGCACAGAGCCUCAUCGAUAAAACAAGUAAGCAAAUGUGAAUGGGGUAGCUAAACAUUCAGCAGAUUCUAUGCUGUUUUUGUUUAUAAGCUACAGUUUGUGCAGAUACAAAACAUACACAAGCCCCACACUUGCAUAAUAAGCGUAUAGUGUUCGAAUUCGGUGGUAGCCCUGACCAAGAUUCGAACUCGGGUCCUGCGACUGUCAACCCUACACCUUAGCCGUUAUGCCAAGAGAGCCAAACAUCUUUUAAGGUCGCUACACUACCCCCUUGCGUGUCCCCAUGCUUCUCUAUACGAAGUCCCUCACGUGAACACAUGCAUCUCCGAUGGCCUCACCUGUGCCAUCCCACGUCAGACACCUAUCUAGUGAAUUCCGGGGUAGCGCCCCGUGUCCAGCGACUGUCAACUCUACAAUAGGUUAACAUGUUGCCUUCUGUUUUCCUCCUCAGCGGCUGCCUUCCAGUCGGGUAAGAUCCCUCCUACUCCGUUCCCUGGUGCCCCUCCCCCAGGCAGCGCCAUGCUCCCUCCUCCAAACAUCAGUACGUAGACUGUGGACCAACCACAACAGUGCUAGUCUAGUAUUUUGAGAAUUCUUUCUAUUUAAAUGUGGUACUGAUAACUUGGUGUGUUGGGGACUGAGCUUUAAUCUGUAAUUUGUGAACCCCAGGUGGCCCUCCACGUCCAGGCAUGUUACCAGUGCCCGGGCCCCCUAUGGGUGGUCAUGGUCCUCAUAUGAUGCAAAUGAUGGGGCCCCCACCACAUGGAAUGAUGCCUGGAGGUGAGAUUAUUUCCCCAACACCUACAUCAUAUAUUGUUGAUGUAAACAAUGCGUGUGAGAGCUUGUCUUAAAAAAUAUUUUUGAUGGGCAUUGGAUUAAAGCUCUGCAAGUUCUCACCCAAAAUGUAUCUGCUACUGCUCACAAAUCUUCACUGAACAAAACAAGGUUGGGUCAAGGUCAUAGCUUUGAGAUCUAUUUUUCACCAAGUUUGAUGGGACAUGUCAUAAUAGUCCAUAAGGGACAUGUAUACUGGACCAUGAUUAGGAUAAAAUGUAAAAACCAAGUAAAAUCAGAUGUGAUUUUUGUGAUGUUUGCCCAGGUAUGCGACCACCAAUGGGCCACAUGCAGAUGAUGCCUGGCCCACAUAUGAUGCGCCCCCAUCGGCCAAUGAUGCUUAUCAGACCGGGUAUGAUCCGUCCGGACAGA